AUGGGUGGAGUUUAUUCUCAAGGAAAUCGUGUUGAGGAAGAUGUUAUCAUAGACAGGAAGCUAAUUGAGAAAGAUGAAAAGUGCAAUGAUGUGUCAACUAAUAGCCAGAUUCAUAAUAAUUGCUGCUUUCAACCAUUUCAUUGUCUUUGUUUCAGCAGACCAAAACGAAAAAAUUAUCGAUUGGAGGUUGACACAAAUGAAUAUGUUCAUGUGUUUGAAAAUGCAUGCAAAGUGAAUAUUAAAAGUGCUGAGGAUGAACAAAAUGCUGAGAUGUAUGAAAAGAAUCAAAUUCUAUUGCAAUCUAAAAUUCAGGGCAGUUCUCCGGAAAUUAAAUUACAAAAAUCGUUUAGUGAUUAUGACAAUUUUAAACUUUUCAAAAAUGAAAAUUAUGAUGGUAAAUUCAACUUAAAUAAACAAAAUAAUACCCUAAACAAUGCUAAGUGUGGUCGUAGUGUUUCUUUAAGGUCAUUUUGCAAACUACACAACAGUAUAAAAACCAACGACGUGCAUUGUAAGUUACUUUCUGAAUCUGAGAACAGAGGCAAGCGAUCGGCCAUGAAGUUCAUUUCAAUACCUGACUACCUAGCUCAAGUGAAUAACAGUUUUAGAGAAAAUUUUUUGAGUAAGGUCUGUGAUAACAAUAUUGACCACGGAAGAUGUUCCUCAGAGAGACAGGCUAACAUCUCUAAUGUCAGUUCGUUUGAUUAUUUUGAAAAAAGUGCUUUUCAUCAAACUAUUCCACUUUUGAAGCAACCUAAUCCUCCAUCGUCUAUACUCUAUGAAGAAAUCUAUAUUGAUGAUAUAGAUUCUCCUUGUAUUAAUCACAAUGCACCCCUAGCCAGUAUGGAUACUAUUGACAUUGGUAAUUCUAGAGAUAGUCUGGAUGAAUAUGCUUCUCAGUCGUCUAAAGACAUUUGCGCUAGUGUCCAUGCCGAUUGCAAUUUCAAGUUAAUUAAUAAAAGUGGCAUCUUGUCAAAUUCAGAAAAUCCUUUAAAUUGCAAUAAUCAGCAUCGUUCAAACAUAAAAAAACUUCCUAAUAGAAUCAAGCAUUCUCUUGACUUGCAUCAAAAAUGUCCACUGAGAAAUAAUUCUCUUCCUCUGAAACCGAUAGCCACAACUGCAGCGACUGUGUCUGCCAAAUCAUUUCAGUACCAACCACAAAAACGGAAGCAGUUAUUUUACUCCAUGGUCUUCAAUAGGCAGCUUUCCAUUCCCGAACAUGAAGGAACGGCCAGGAUGGAAGAUGUCUCCCUAUCUUCAAUCAAUCAAAUGUCAGUUACGUCAGAAACCAUCUUCAAUGACAUAAAUUUCAACAGUGACAGUAUUAAUGGCAACUACGACAGUAUGAACAACAUCACAUGCGGCAACACAACAGCAUACAGCGAUGCCAACAAUGUUGGUGUCGUCAGCGACAGCAGUAAUAACCUUGUUAGCAAAACAAGUGAUAGCAAUUAUGCUGAAGAUUACAUUUUAUUGGAUGUUGAAACGUACAUCAGCUUGUUAGAUGAAUUACAGAACUGCAGAAGUACUUUGGUUCAAUUGCAACAGUACCUUCUGAGUGAUUUACAAGUCUGA